AUGGCGGACAGCAAGCUCACCGACCAGCAGGUCGCCGACCUGGUGGCCAUUCUGCGCAGCGACUCGUCCCUCGACGCCAAGGUCCAGUUCGUCACCACGGUCAAGUCGUGCAUCAAGCAGCACAACGUCCCUGAGACCACGGUGCCCCUGCUCUUCGACGGUCUGCGCGCCGCGUCGUCGUCCCAACACUCGGCGCUCGUCAACGCCGGCUUCACCGCCCUGAACCACCUCCUCACGCGCCUGUCGCGCCAGGAUCCCAAGCUCCUGGCCAAGGAGGCCGUUCGCACCCUGCCGCUUGUCGUCGAGAAGCUCGGCGACCAAAAGGACAAGUAUCGCGGGCUGGCGCUUCAGGGCCUCAACACCUUCUACGCCGUGGCGCCGCAGGAUGUUGAGCGCGUCGUGCGCAACUCGGCCAUGAGCGGCAAGAACCCGAGGGCCAAGGAGGCGGGCAUGCAGUGGCUUCUGCAGACACACAAGGAACAAGGGCUGCAGUUUCGCAGCUAUGUGCCGCUCCUGAUGGAGCUGCUCGAGGAUGCGGACGGCAUGGUUCGGGAUGCGGCUAAAAGCACCGUCAUUGAACUCUUCAAGACCGCACCGAACGCGGCAAAGUCCGACCUCAAGCGACAGCUCAAGAACUUCAAGGUCCGACCCGCUAUCGAACAGGCCAUCGUCAAGGCCCUCGCUCCGACCGGUGGCCGUCCAGACACCCCGGGUGACGCCGCUCCCCCGACCCGCCCGACUCUCGCCGCCAGUGUGUCCUCCGUUGCGAGCGAGCGCCCCGUGACACCCGCCGUCGAUACGCAAGCCGAGCCCAUCGAACCCAUGUAUGUCAAUACCCACCGCGAGCUGGAGGACAUGUUCCGAGAGAUGGCGUGGCACUUUGAGGGCAAAGAGACGGAACAAAACUGGUUGAAGCGCGAACAGAGCAUGGGCACGCUGCGGAAGCUCAAUGCCGGCAAUGCGCCGGCCGACUUUCCCGACGCCUUCCUGGCCGGCAUCCGGAGCAUGCUAGACGGCAUUAUCAAGGCCAUCAACUCGCUGCGCACAAGCUUGUCCAAGGAGGGCUGCGGACUGGUUCAGGAUAUCGCCAUUACUUUUGGCCCAGCCCUGGACCCCAUGGUCGAGAUGUUGAUGCAGACGUUCGUCAAGCUUUCCGCCGGCACCAAGAAGAUCAGCUCGCAGCUCGCCAACACCACUGUCGACACAAUAAUCAGCCGUGUCAGCUACACGCCUCGAUUGAUGCAGCACGUGUGGGGCGCUUGCCAGGACAAGAACGUGCAGCCAAGGUUAUACUCGACGGGCUGGCUCAAGACUAUACUGAAAAAGGAGGCUCACCAUAAGAGCCACAUCGAGCAUAGUGGAGGCGUCGACAUCAUGGAGAAAUGCAUCAAGAAGGGCCUCGGGGAUGCAAACCCAGGCGUGCGUGAAAAGAUGCGUUCAACGUACUGGGCGUUCUGGGGCGUUUGGCCGAACCGAGCUGAUGCGAUAAUGGCCGAUUUGGACUCGACGGCGCAAAAGCUCCUCAACAAGGAUCCCAACAACCCCAACUCUCCGAAGAAGGGGGCAGACCCUCCAGCCAGGCCUGGCCUUGGCUUGUCUAGAAGCACAAUGACCUCGAGCAAGCCGAGUCUGCGCGAAGCCAUGCUGGCUCAGAAAAAGGCACUCGCCGCCAAGAACCUUCCUGCGCGUCCCGGCUCUGCCAUGGCACACAUUUCGCCCGUUCGGACGACGACGACAACAACGAGCAACCAUAGCCACGCGGCUGCGCCCGCAAAGCCAUCCGGAACGCGAUCACGUCCCGAACCGACCACCGCUGUCAACGCCGGAGUCCGGGAUCAACCCUCUUCAGUUGAGGUCGACAGCCCCGAGACUCUCAGGUCCAAGCACGCCACGCCGAAGCCCAAAGACACGACACCAAAGAGGACUGCGCCGCGCACAAGACCUGGUCAUGCUACACAUGCCAGCGAAUCGAGUGUCGCGUCUCCAGCGGUGCGCUCGCCGGUGCGCUCACCGGUGUCCAAAAUCCCAUCGCCCAAGGACAGCCCGAGCAAACUCCGCCAAUCGCAUACAGCGAUUCCAUCAUCCAGUCCCUCAAAGGCAAACGAAGACAUCACGCUUGUUGUACCGCAAAUGUCAAGCAUCAGAACUUCGUCACCGCAAGCCCGGCCGCCGAGAAUGCCCGUUGAGUCCGAGUCGACACUAGUGGCUCUCCCAAGCCAGCCUGAGAUGCCGCAAGAAACAUCUUCUCGCACCUUGCAGGUGUAUGAAGACCCUUUCACGGAUGACCAGUUGACACCGAGGCCCACGCUCACGUCUCCUGUCUUGGAGGACAAGCCGGUGAACGAGGAUGCAGCGAACCUCCAGAAGCCCAACGGCAAGGAGCCCACCGCAGAGCAGAUCGAUUCUCCAGAGAAGACUAGGCAGAACAGCCGCUUGCUGGACAGCGGCAUUACCAAGAUCAAGGCCAAGUCGCUGGAAGUUCAUGGCUUCCGGAAGCUGCAGUCGCUCAUCCGCGACAGCCGGACCAUCUUCACGGACGACAAGUUCGAAGCGCUAGUGCUCGGCCUGUUCCAGUUCCUUGAAGACCCCCUCACCAGCCUUCCCGCGGACAAGGCGCAGGAUGUCAAGGCCCAGAUCCUUACAACCAUCAAGUUGUUACUACGGAAGGAGCGCGACAAUUUCCAGCCGCACGUCUCCAAGGCCCUCGAGUCUCUCCUCCAGACAAGAAGCGCGUACGAUUCCCGUGCCCAUGUCGUGAGUGGACUCGAACUUCUCGCCGACGAGCUCAUCUCCCUAGGCGAUGGCCCGGAGAUGGUCGUUGUGCUCACUCGACGGCUCCAGUCUUGCUCCGAUACCACUACGGAGGGCUGCCGCACCCUCAGCAUGGGCCUCCACGUACUACGCGAGAUGCUUGACAAGCGCACCGAGUUCGUUCCCAACGAGGGCGAGCUCGGGCAACUCACCGGCCUAGCCAGGCGAUGCAUCGAGUCAGCCGACUCCGGCGUUCGCAUGGACGCCGUCAAAUUUUGCGUGUCCUUGCACGAGCGUGUCGGUGAGGCGCCAUUUUGGGAUGCGCUCCGCGGUGUCAAGGAAGACCCCAAGAGCCUCAUUACGUACUACAUCGUCAAGAAGCAGCGCGAGCAGGGCAUCAGCCCCGCUGGCAGUGCGGCGGCUGCUUCUUGA